UCAAUGAGGGGCAGACGUUUGUUGUGAGAUUUGUUUCCUAAUAUUUCGCCUUUCGUCUUUAGAUAUUUCUGUGUAAUGUAAUUAAAUUAGUUAGAUAGAAUCUUUUUAAUUUACAGUACGUAGAGAUUGUGUUCGAUUGUAGAAUUUAAAUGUAGACAUUUUAGGAUGUAUCUAAAACGUGUAUUGGUGCCUCUGUUCUGCCUUGGAUUAGAAGUGUUGGCGCCGGUGUUCGCUGAUCAGGUUGAUAUCCGGGAAGUAGCCGCUGAUAAGGGUACGAAUGUAACGAUACCCUGUGGUGGAUUACAAGAAAACACUUCUAACGUUCAGUGGGUGCACCGAGGCAACCGUACUCACCACACAGUGCUGAUGGACGGCGGUUUGCUCCUGAGGCAGGUGGAUGUAGAUGACGAGGGCCUAUACGAAUGCGGCGUAGAGAACGAAACGGCGUAUGUCGACAGAGUCAAUCUCACAGUCAGAACGGAGCCCCCUCCAUUGGUGAAUGUAACAGUGCACGCGUCCACCAUCCUCGCGCUGAUCCUGUGGAAUGUGGCAGGCGACGGUGGACACCCUAUCAUUGACUUCACCGCACAGUACCGCUCUGCAGCGCCAGUCAAUAACACGCUAGAGCCCUGGAGACCAAUCAGUCCAAAUCAUAUUAGUCCUAACUCGCGGCAAGUAGACGUGUAUCACUUGGAGCCCAACGCGUCGUACUGGUUCCGGGUGUGGGCGACAAACGCACUCGGCCCUGGUCCGCCGGUCGAAGUUCUCGCCACCACGCUCUAUAGCGACCAAGAAGCUGAGUUAUACAAGCACUUCCUAGAAGGUGCUGAGAGUUUCGACACGCGCACGUGGCUGGCGGCCGUGUGCGUGGUGAUGGGCACGCUGGCGGUGCUCGCCGCCGGCACCUGCGCCGUGCUCUGCCGCGAGUGGCGUCGCCCCGAGUACGAAGAAGAACAGGACAUUAUAGAAUUAGUGCCUAAUAUUAUACUGAAUCCCGGCUUCAUGGACACCGACCCUGUUCGACCAAGGGAAAGCUAUGCCGCGUCCAUCAUCAAGUCCACCGAAUGCCCCGGUCCGGGAAAACCUAGGCGUGUCUGAUUUUCGUCUAUACAUAACCUUAGAAUAUUCUAUCUUUCCGAUUCAGGGUUUUUGUCAUGAUCGUAAAACAUGGGGUUGGCUUUACUUGAGACAAAUUUAUUUAAAACUUCGUAUUAGAAAACAUCAAGAUUGAUGAAUUUGAAUUUGAAUGAACAGUUGAAUAUAUCGUUUCCAAGCGCCUGUCAAAAAAUAAUAUUUAAAAAUUGUACUGUGAUUUUGUCGUGUACACAAAAUUAGCUUGCAGUGAACAUUUUUUGCCACUUCUGUUUUUUUAAAUUGCUCAAAGGCAAAAAACAAAGGUUCGAUAGUUUACAAACUUGUGGCCCAAGGGUAAAGCAGGACAUAUCAAAAAAGGUACGUAAGAGUUAUUUUUACAUAAGCAUUGGGGCGAUAGAAUAUUCUUUAAGGUUUUAAUAUAAGAAAACACGACGUCGUGUUCAAUUUUUAACCAAAUUAUGCUUCUCAGAAUGAAUCCAUUAUAUUUUUUUAAUCUGUAAUAAAAUAUGUCAAUUUCUUUUAAAGUUAAAAAGACUACGAGUAAUAUUUUUUAGAGUUUAUCUUAUUUUAAAACAGCUUAUUUGAGCUUUAAUUGUUUAUUUCGGUGGCAAUACUGAAUUUAAACUACAUCUUUAUAACAUUUUGAGGAAAUAAUUUGGUAAACAAGAAUUACUACUUAAAAACAAUGAGAGAAAUACUUUUAGAAAAUUAAGCAUUUCAUUUUGUAAAGUAUUGAGGUUGGUUACUCAUUCCUGGUAGUUUAAAAUGUAUUAGACAUUUUUAUGUAAUUACUUGGUAAGUACAAUCAGGGAAUCUGGCGGUGUUGAAUCUUAAAAGCUAUAAUCGUCUACACGAUUUGUACACACUAAAACGCGACGAAAAAACCAAAAAGACGCAGCUUUUAAAUGUGAUAGUACUAAAGAAAUCAGUGGUACACAACUAAUUGCUUUUUAAAAUUAUCCCGUCGUUUGCGAAAAUCAUCGCUACCUAAUUGGUCAUAUAAGAGAGAGUUUGUCUCUUAAGAAGCAACAAGACAAUUUUUCUGAAAGUACAACACUGCGAAGAGCCCUGACUGAACAGCUUUUUUUUCAUAUGGCAACCUCAAUGCGUCCAUUAAAAUACGAUACAUUGUUAAUGUUGUUAGAUAUUAAUGUGUACAUUAAUUAUGUAUUUUUUGCAAUAUUAGAUAUAUUUUUAUAUAAAAAGAUCUCAAAUUAUUUAAGAUACUCGCGUAUGAAUGAUUUUUCCGUUGGCAUUGUGAUUUAUGCUGUGAUUUUAUGCACUUAUUUAUUUUAGUUGUUGUUUAAUGUGUGGUUCUGAUAAUUCGAUAAGCUAAGAUCAUUGAGAGACUGGCGCGAAUGCGUUAAUAGUAUAGAAAAUAGUGAUAUUAGUACAAUGGAUGCUUGUUGAAGCGUUUAGAGACGAAACGAGCUAUUUGUUGAACACUGCUUUUAUUGAAAUAGUUCAGAGGACAAUAUGGUAGUGAAUAUUUAUACUAAUGUUGUUAAUAAUGUUCUCAACACUUAAGGCAAUGACGCAAGUUGGCAAUUGGUACAGUCGGCAUCAUUUGCGGUGCUGUAUUUAGAUUAUUUUUUAAAAAAUAAACAUUAUCGAUUUGAAGCAACGAAAACUACUAUUGUAAAAUAACGUUUUACUGAUGUAAUUUUAUUUUUAUAAAGCAGGAUGUAUUGUCUUUGUUAAGUAAAACUGAAGCACCGCAAAUCUGUUUGACGAUACCAGAAUAUAUAGUGUAAAUAUGAAUUUGAAAUGACAGAAUUGUUUAAUAUAGUGUUGUUAUCGAUGUGUACAUUACUUUAUUUUUGUAUACAACGUGUUUGCAUAUCACGAAAGCCUUAAGUAAAAGUAUGUUGAUAUAUGAAAAAUCUUACUUCAUUCCUAUUUCCUUUUUUCUUUGAACUUGUGCGAUUCAUUUUAAAAGAAACACCAAACAAAAAAAAUUGUGUCCCUCUCUCUCUCUCACACACACACACACACACUCUCUCUCUCUCUCAUUUCAUUUGACAUUGAGAUCAAGGUCGGAUCCAGCUUUAGCGCCGGUGUGGGGUGGUCACAUAGUCGUGGUCAAAUCAAGAGCUUGUCAAAUUUUGUAAUUAUAUUUCGUCAAGCUUUUGACCAACCAGCUCUGGGGGGGUCAUGGAGGUCUUGCCCCCCCCCUCCCCUUGGAUUCGCCGUUGAUUGAGAUAACGAUCUUUUGUAUGGAUGUGGAUGAAACGCAAUCGUACAAGUUCAUACCUGACCUACUGCUCAUUGCCUUCCUAUGUCACUACCUUCACUACCUUUCCGCUUUCUAUCUUUGUAUCUACUCUGUCCUUUUGAUCCUACUAAUAAGACUCUUUUUUUUUUAAUGAUAUGUUCAUUUUUUUCUUUGGAACAAGUCUAAAAACAAAAAUGUUUUUUUGCAUAGAAUGUCUCGUCCGAUGUACGCUUUGCUUUUGCAAGAUGUUUUCUAUAUUGUGUGCAAUUAACUGUCCGUCUCACGUAAAUGUAAAGUGCUAUCGUGUCAAUUACGUGUAUGUGUGUAGCCUUGUGUGCGUGCUUGUUUGGCUCAAUUGUCUAUGGUAUAAGUACUGCGGUGCAUUUUUAAUAAUUGUAAACUAUGCAUGGUUGUCUAUUGUUUUCUUUUUCAGAUCUGUCAUAGCUUUUCGUUUUAAGGUUAUAAUGUAUUUAUUUUUAUAAGCAUGUUUUUCUUAAUGUCACUAAGCUUGCUCUGUUGACUAAACUAAAACAUCUUCCACAAUCGUAUACUCGCUAACAAAUACAUAAUUUUAGAUAAUAAGCCAUUUAUUUUUGUAUGAUGUAAUUGUUAAUUCGAUUGUAGUUGGUCGUUUGUAAUAUUGUUGUUUAUGGAUAUUGCUGGCAACACUGCUGUAAACUUUACAAACUGUAUUAGUUUGGCGCUAAAAACUACUUAAUAAGAUAAAAAGUCCUAAAUUUAGUAAAUUUUCAACAGAACAAUUGAAUUUACAUUUUUCAGUUUUAAAUAAGUCAGUUGUAUCUGUAUAACUAACAUAUAACAUAUUGUUGAUUAAUAAAUGUAGGAAUUACAUAUUUAUCGGCAGUUUAAUGCCUUUUUAAUUAAAAGGCAAAAAUUUUUAAGGUUGUGCUGCCAUAUCUAAAUAUAGUUGUGCACCAUAGAUAAAAAAUGCAUGCAAUUAGGCUAAAAAAUAAACUAUGCAUGUACUUUUAUACAAUUUUAUGCAUGUUACAGUAUAGAUGUGUAGUGCUUUUUAUUGCUUAUACAUUUUUAAAACUACCCAAAAGUGUUCCGACAUGUAAUUGUGUGAAUAAUGUUUUUUAACGAAAUGUUUUUUUGCGUUUUUAGGUUAUUUGGAUAAAAUGUUACUAGUUGACAAAUCGCCUUGUUAAUAAAAUUAGCUAUUAAUCUGACCAUAGACGUGAUAGUAUGUACAGUAGAGUUUGCUGGCUGUAUUCCAUUUUUAAAGUAUAAGUCGUUUUUACCUUUUUAUUGUCGUUUUGGUAGAGUGUGUCUAGAUUUCAGUUUGU